AUGGAUGAGGAUAUAAAUUCUAUGGUUAUAGAAAUAACGUCACCUAAUAUUAUCGAUACCUACAUAACUUGUCCAGCACAAUUUAAUCGUACUCUAGGGAUUAAAUUACCAAUUCUUGUACUCAUAGUAAAAAAUUUGAAAAAAUUAUUCACAUUAGAAGUUCAGAUUAUGGAUGAUAAAAAUAUGAUAAGAAGGUUUCGAGCAUCAAACUUUCAGUUUGUAACACGCGCCAAACCCUAUAUAUGUACCAUGCCUAUGCGGUUAGAUGAAGGAUGGAACCAAAUUCAAUUCAAUUUAGCUGACUUUACGCGUCGUGCGUAUAGUACAAAUUAUGUUGAAACUUUAAGGGUACAAAUACACGCUAAUUGUAGAUUGAGAAGGAUUUAUUUUGCAGAUAGGGUUUAUGCGGAAGAAGAAUUACCUCCUGAGAUAAAAUUAUGGAAAAUGGUGGGGAAUGAUGUUAAAUGA